CCAGCAGCACCAGCAGCACCAGCGGCACCGGCGGCACAGGAACUUGAGAGGCGGCAGUGGGCACGAGCUUUCAGAAGCGCGGAACCCGUUGGUGCCUCGACUCGAGUCGACUCGGAGCGAAGCGAAGCCAACCGGAGCGGAACGAAGUCGGUCGCGUUUCUGCAGCGAGCAGUCUUGCCGGGGAAUUGAUCGGGCACGCGUGCUCGAGGAGGAGGUUCGUCGCGGUACCGGAGAACCUCUCGUCGUCCUCUCGGUUUCCAGAGGCAGCGGGGCGCGCGAUGCUCUGCUCUCUCAGGGGCGCGAUUUCGCCCUCCAGGUGACAGGCCGCCCUCGUCGGGUUAUCUCGUCGUCGGUCAACGGCGACGCGUUUUCACAAACCGGGGACACGAUGGCCGAGCCGGAAACUAUCCCGGCAAAGUCGGCGAACGGUUCUGUCACCGCCCCCGAGGCUCCGACGAGGCGGAGGGUUUUUCCCCCCGAGGAGGACCUCCGGGUCACCUCCGAGGCCGAUCUCCGUGACCUCGACAAGUGCCCUGACAAAUCGGCACCCCUGCUGCGGUGGAACGACAUGCCGAGGCACCUGCAGUUCAACCCUUACAUCUACACCGGGUACAGACCCCUCAUGAAUGUAUGGGGCUGCAUCGCGAGCCUCUUCUACGUGCACAAUGAGACUGUCAACAUUUUGACUCACGGCUUACCGAUCGUCUACAUCCUCGUCACCGUUCCCAGUCUGCUUCCCUGGGGAAGCCAGGGACCCCUUGCCGCCUUUCUAUCCUGGUGUCAUCUGAUCGGGGCGGUCAGUCCGUGGAUCGGUUCUUUCCUCUACCACCUCUUCAUGAACUUAGACAAAGGCGAAGCCACUUAUAAAAAGCUCUUGCAAUUGGACAUGCUCGGUAUAUGGAUCAGCCAAAGCUUUGGCGCCCUUCCGAUGAUCGCAGCGUCCGUUCAUUGCUUGCCAGAAACACUCUGGCACUGUUGCCUCCUUGCGUAUAGUGUUCUCAGCUUCUGGGGUCUCCUCAAGGCUAUGAACGCGUGGUCGCCGUGGGAAAGGCGACUGUGCUUUGCACCCCCAUUCAUGAUGAGGAUGUUCGUACUGACUUUGAGGUACAUCGGAAGUAGCGGUGGAUCACCUACGGCACUGACGCAUCUGGUUUUGCAAGACCUGGUCGCUGUGGCUGGCGGUGCUGUUGGCGCUUUACACGUGCCGGAGAAAUGGGUGCCCGGUAAAGUGGACCUCUUUCUCAACUCGCACAACAUAAUGCACGUGAUGGUGGUUAUGGCGGUUUAUUCGAUGCACGCUGCAACGCUGAGGGACUUGGCAUGGAUGUCAAACCCAUCCGUCUGCAUCGCGGUGCCGACUGCAACGCUGUCUUCGACUCAUGAAGAGCUGUGAUCCAUUCGAUUUAGAAACGCCAUUAUUAUACUUCUAGCAAAGACUUUUGCUGUGAUAGCAGAAGCCACGCAUUUAGUGAAACUUUUCGUGGCUGCGGAAGUAUCUUCCAUCGUUAAGUCUACGAUACCUAUAUAUAUAUAUAUAUAAUGUCGGGGAACCCCGGUAAAAAUUUACUUAGCAAAACUCUGCAGAAGCCUUUUUCUAAUUUCUUUUCAGAAAAUACUUUUUUUUGAUUCAUUACGUUUGACGCAAAUUUUUUUCUUACCUUGUUUUUGUGUACGUACAGGAUUUUUCAUCAACUUCGUAAUUCUAACCAUUUGUUCAAUUCGACAUUAUUUUUUGACGAACUCUUGUCAAAGUUAUACUUUCGUUUUUCUAUCGCAAAAUUUCUUCGUUUCUCUCUGAAGUUGGCUGUACCGUCUCUUUUUGAAAGUUGGAGAGUCGAAUGAUUGUUUUCAAAAAUCUUUCAAGUCUUCUGUAACUUUUACCUCGUUUUAUUUAUAACAUGCUUAUUUCUCAUUUAGUAUUUCUAAUUUCAGACAAACUUUCGUGAUGGUAAAAAAGAAAGAAAGAAAUGUUUUUCAAUUUUCUCAUUACAUUUCAGAAAUUCCAUAAUGUUCUAACAAUCUGAUUCGGACCCGGUUCAGUUGAUUCUAGUAAAUGUUUUUUGACUUAGGACCGAUGAAUUUUCACCAGAUUCCGUUAAACAUUCGUUUUUACCAACUGAAAUAACUUUAGUAUUUUUUUUUUUUUGAUUCAACGAGAAGCGAAGAAAUCUUACAUAGAAACGUAUAAACUCGCAGAAAUUGCACGUGAAUAAUGAAGACGCAACAAUGUUGAGAAAUGCAGAGAAGUCGGAAAGAUAUUUAAAAAAAGUGUAAAACCUUGCUUCGAAGAAAUUCAAGAUAUUUACGGAUAUAAGUUCUUUGCAUGUCUGUGCGAUAUUUUUUCCGUAUACUUACAAUGUUCACAGUAUUAUUUUUCUUCUUUUUAAAUAAUGCAGAGAAAUUUGGUGAGAUAAUUUUUUCCCAUGGCCUGACCCUGACCUUCAAUGUCUGCCUAAUGUUUCAUUAGCUCGCAAACUUUAGUAUAUGAAUCGCAACGAGUUUGCCGAGCAACUCUUGUCACAGAAUAUAAAUUAUUAACUUUUGCUAUGCACGAGUUUGUAUAUAAUUAUAUUAUACAUAGAUAUAUACGUAUAUACAUUAUAUAUAACGGAAGACGGAUUUCCUUAAGUGAAUUAUUCAAUAUUUGGUUAUUUAUUCAAUAUAUCUAUUUAUUUAUUUAUUUAUUUAUUACUCAAGUAUGUGAUUCCGAUUUUCCCAUCGCAUACCAUUUGUACCAAAGUAGCUUGCCAAAUACUUUUUUAGCCUACAUUAUUUAAAUCUUUAAUUUAUACACGACGCUGUGUAUAUUAUACAAGUACUGGAAUAAUUGACAGAUUGAAAGUUCGCUCUUUCGAUCUUAAUCAUUGAAUAUUUAUCGAUUCCCGGCUGCAAGUUUACCACAAGGAAAAUUCAGCUUAGGGACAUGGAAUUAUUAUAUAUUUCAGUGGUAUACUUGUGACGAAUUGAAAUUCACUGCUAGGGAGCGAGUAUAAUGUUGAUUCGUAAAAACGUUUAUUCUCUCUUUAAACAUUCUGUAGAUGUUACUUUGUCGAGCUUCGAUUAUUUACUAUGCCUUCCACUUGUACCUAAUUCGUGAAAAAUUCGAUUUAUUCAAAUACUUUAAAUAAAUCGAUGGCCGCGUGUGAUUUGAAGAAGGAACGAGAACAUUUUUUUACCUACGACUUUCGAAGACCAAUUUUUGAAGAAGAUUAUAAAAUCGGCGUAAAAUGAAAAUACCUUAAUAUUACUACGGUUGGAAAGAGAAAUAAUUUUACCCGAAGGCAAGUGAGCGUCGUAAACGAAAAUCGCUAAACUUUUCCGGCAAAGCAGCAGCAACUUUAACGUAUCAAGUACUGAUUACGAUUAAAUUAAUCAAUCACAUGUGUUAGUAAUUAUUUAAUUAGAAGUGAAAAUCAGUGCUUCUUGAAGUUGCAGGCGAUUUUAGGAGGCACCUUUUCUAAAUUCUCGACAUAUUUAUGCCCUGAUAGUAUAAUAAAAUUUUCCAUUGAAUAAUUAUACGCGAUUGUUUAAUACGCGCCUCUCGGCAGUACAGCCCCACUAUUUAUAGAGAAUUUAAAUUAAUACAUUGAUUAAUCAGUUAAUAUUUAUAGUAUGAUAAUAGAACUAGCUAGAAAUAAAAAUUGCUAGUCGAUCCGAUGAAUUACAUUCGUUUUACUACGAAGUUUCGGCAUAAUAAACAUAUUUCUGCAAGUAGGUAACAAUUCCCGCCCCUCUCAAUGACUGGAUUUUGAGGCUUUAAAACUCCUGCGAAUUUAUCAUACACGUUACACAAGUUACGUACAAUUGCAGAUAUUAAAGGUUUUCUUCUACGCUAUCGAUCUAUCUCCGUCAGCUUCAUAGAUUUACGAUCACCAAGUAUUUAGAUAACAUUUUGACUUUGAAUAAAAAAAUUUUAUAGAUUAGUAGAUCUGAGACAGAAGAUCGUGCCAUUAUAUUAUUCAUGAACAAUAAAUGAAAAAUUGUGAUUAGAACGUAGUCGGAGAAAAAAAUUCAUUAUUAACGUAGUUCUCAUGAUUGUAAUAAUGUUGAAUUCAUACCGGCAGAUGACAUUGAUAUCCGUGUUCUAAAUUUCGCAUGAAAAAAUAACCUAUCAAAACAUCAAAGCCUGUCAAGAUCAUACGGAAUCGUGAAAGUUGGCGACGAUCAUACUUUGAACAAACAAUUGGAUUCAACCUGAGAAAAAACGAUUCGAAAAAGUAUAAACAAUCAGUAAGCCCGUGUCUGCCGGUAAACUCUUUACUAAUUGUUCGAGAACAAAAGAACAAAAAAUAAAUAAAUAAACAAAAAAUUCUAAGUCUAAGUAGACUACGUAAUACAUAAGUAAACACUUAUACGUACGUAAAUAGUUAACGAUGAAAAUUCGAAAGAAAUAUAAAACUUAGAAAUAGCGUUACAUCAAGUGACGCAGGAUAAAUUUUAUUACCUAAUCUUAGUAGAUAGUGAAAAUUUAAACAUAACUCACGUAUCCCGUUCUGAUCCGCAUGAUACUACAUAUUAUACAAAUGAUAUAUCUUUGACUACUUUACAGAGAAUAUAUGAGAAUUAGCUGUAAUUGUAGUUACUACCAAAGUUUGUCGAUAAUUAAUUAUUGCUGUACAUAUGAGGGUGAA